AUGGAUCCAAAACGCCGCAAGACCGGCGAUCAAGACGUCAGCGCGCUCCGCCUCGCGUCGCGACAAAAGUACCUUGCUGAACGAGAGGCGCAACAACUCGCCAUCCUCCGCCGCCAAGUCGCCGAUGAAGCAGAGGAGGAAGAGAGAUUAGGAUCCAGGCUAUCAGAGAGGGAGCGCAAAGAGUUUGCAAAGAACAGAGAGACUCUGAGGUUGGCCGAAGCAAGAAAUGCCAUUGACGAGCACCGCGAUGGGUUCAUGAUCCCCGAUGCCGACUUCUCGAACAAGGCCGAAGUGCUCAACCGUCGUGACGAUGCGAGCCACUUCAAGUCGGAAUACCAGCAGUGGGAGGAAGACCAGAUGAACAAGAUCAAAAGUCAGACCAAGAAAGCCGAGCGAGUGCAGGAGGACGACUAUGAAUUCGUCUUCGAUACUUCGAAUCAGAUUCAAUUCCAACAAGACAUUUCGAGUCGCAUCGAUCCCGCUAAACAGGCUCUCCAAGCCCAACUCGACUCGGCAGAAAAGCGGGCCAAGACUAUUGAUGAGGUUCGCAAAAGUCUACCUGUUUACAAGUACCGCGAGGAAAUACUCGAUGCCGUUUCCAAGCCAGAGUUCAAGCUGCUGGUCCUUUCUGCCACGAUCAACGCAUCCAAAUUCUCAAAAUAUUUCGACGAUGCACCUACGUUUUAUGUCGAAGGCAGGACCUUCCCGAUUAAUAUUCUCUACACGAGCGCCCCAGAAGCCAACUACCUUAGCGCCGGUAUCACGUCCGCUCUCCAAAUUCACUUGGCUGCAGAGCUUCCGGGAGACAUCCUCAUGUUCCUUACCGGAGAGGAAGAGAUCCAAGCUGCCGUGGAGAACAUAGAAACAACCAUGAAGAAGUUGGGCGGGCGAGCUAAAGAACUGAUUGUUUGUCCGCUGUACAGUGCGCUUCCGCCAGAUGCACAAGCUAAAGUCUUUGAGCCUACGCCACCCAAUGCCAGAAAGCUGGUCAUUUCUACCGACAUUGCUGAGACAUCGCUAACUAUAGACGGCAUUCGCCAUGUCAUUGACUCGGGCUAUAGCAAGCAGAGUAAUUACAUAUCGUCAAACGGCAUCAGCUCGCUGAUCGUUAGCCCCAUUUCUCGUGCAAGCGCCAACCAGCGGGCAGGACGUGCUGGACGCACAAGCGAGGGAUAUUGCUACCGCCUGUAUACAAAACACGCCUUCUACAAUGAGCUCAGCGAAACUACUGAGCCCGAGCUACUGCGCGCAAACCUGGAUGGUGUCGUCUUGACGCUAAAGGCUUUAGGCAUCGACAAUCUGCUUGAGUUUGAGUUCCUGGAUCCUCCAUCAAGCACAUCUCUUAUCAAGUCUCUGGAGAAUCUGUACGCGCUGGGAGCUCUGGACUCUACUGGAAAAUUAACUCGACUUGGCCGACGAAUGGCAGAAUUGCCACUUGACAUCAAACUUUCCAAGGCUAUACUUGCUUCGGAGAAGUACGGCUGUCGCGAGGAGAUACUGUCAAUUGUCAGUGUGUUGGGAGAGUCAGCCUCACUUUUCCUCCGGCCAAAAGACAAAAGAGUGGCGGCAGAUGCUGCUCGAGCCCGCUUCAGCAGCAAAGAAGGUGGUGACUUCAUGACGUUUCUCAAUAUAUGGGACCAGUUUGAGGACAGUGGCUUUGACAGUCGAUGGGCGACUGAGAAUUUUCUACAGUGGAGAUGCCUCAAUCGAGCUCGCGACGUGCGCGACCAGUUGACCAAGCUCUGUGAUCGCGUCGAGGUACCAUUUUCCAGCUGUGGUAGCACGAAUCAUGUUGCUAUUCGUAAGUGCAUAACAUCAGCUUAUUUUAUCAAUGCUGCCAGGCUAGCACGCGACGGAUUGAGUUAUCGUGCAAUUUCCAACAGCGGGAUGACCAUCUUCAUACAUCCAUCGUCAAGUUUGAUCGAGAACCGUCCAAAAUGGAUCGUCUAUUUCGAGAUCGUAGAGUCGUCCAAGACUUAUGCACGAGCCGUUCUGCCUAUCAGUCCAGAAUGGCUAGUCGAGGUAGCGCCUCACAUGCACACAGAGAGCUCCAUUGGUAAGCUUGGCGACGACAAGAAGAUGCCAAAGGAGAAAUCGAUAGUUCCGGCGACAGGACGACGGUGA